UGCUCCUCCCAAGUACCAUGUGUGACGGCGCCCUGCUGCCUCCUCUCGUCCUGCCCUUGCUGCUGCUGCUGGUUUGGGGACUGGACCCGGGCACAGCUGUCGGCGACGCGGCGGCCGACGUGGAGGUGGUGCUCCCGCGGCGGGUGCUCCCCGAAGACGUGCACCUGCCGCCGCUGCCCGGCGCUCCAGGGCCCCGGAGGCGCCGGCGCCCCCGCGCGCUCCCAGCCGUCCCGCGCGCCCGGCCCGGCGAGCGCGCCCUGCUGCUGCACCUGCCGGCCUUUGGGCGCGACCUGUACUUGCAGCUGCGCCGUGACCUGCGCUUCCUGUCCGGCGGCUUCGAGGUGGAGGAGACCGGCGCAGCCGGGCGCCGCGGACGCCCCACAGAACUGUGCUUCUACUCUGGCAGCGUGCUCGGCUACCCCGGCUCCCUCGUCUCGCUUAGCGCCUGCGGCGCCGCCGGCGGCCUGGUUGGCCUCAUCCAGCUUGGGCAGGAGCAGGUGCUAAUCCAGCCCCUCAACAAUUCCCAGGGACAAGAGCAUCUGAUCAGGCGCAGAUGGUCCUUGACACCCAGCCCCUCUGCCGAGACCCAGAUAUCUGGGCAGCUCUGCAAGGUCCUAACAGAAAAGAAGAAGCCGAGGAGGGGCUGGCCGUCACGAGACUGGCGGGAGCGGAGGAAUGCCAUCCGGCUGACCACCGAGCACACAGUGGAGACGCUGGUGGUGGCUGAUGCUGACAUGGUGCAGUACCAUGGGGCUGAGGCCGCCCAGAGGUUCAUCCUCACUGUCAUGAACAUGGUAUUCAAUAUGUUUCAGCACCAGAGCCUUGGAAUUAAAGUUAACAUUCAAGUUACCAAGCUUGUCCUGCUACGACAGCGCCCUGCCAAAUUGUCCAUUGGGCAUCAUGGUGAGCGGUCCCUGGAGAGCUUCUGUCAUUGGCAGAAUGAGGAGUAUGGCGGCGCACGGUACCUUGGCAACAAUCAGGUUCCAGGAGGCAAGGACGAUACGCCCCCCGUGGAUGCCGCUGUAUUCGUGACCAGGACAGAUUUCUGCGUACACAAAGAUGAACCUUGUGACACCGUUGGAAUUGCUUACUUAGGAGGUGUGUGCAGUGCUAAGAGGAAAUGUGUGCUUGCCGAAGACAAUGGCCUCAAUUUGGCCUUUACCAUCGCUCAUGAGCUGGGCCACAACUUGGGAAUGAACCACGAUGACGACCACUCCUCCUGCGCUGGCAGGUCCCACAUCAUGUCGGGAGAGUGGGUGAAAGGCCGGAACCCCAGCGACCUCUCCUGGUCCUCCUGCAGUCGAGAUGACCUUGAAAACUUCCUCAAGUCAAAAGUUAGCACUUGUUUGCUGGUCACAGACCCCAGGAGCCAGCACGCGGUGCGCCUGCCCCACAAGCUGCCAGGCAUGCACUACAGCGCCAACGAGCAGUGCCAGAUCCUCUUCGGCACCAAUGCCACCUUCUGCAGAAACAUGGAGCAUCUGAUGUGCGCUGGACUGUGGUGCCUGGUGGAAGGAGAUACAUCCUGCAAGACCAAACUGGACCCUCCCCUGGAUGGCACAGAGUGUGGGGCAGACAAGUGGUGCCGCGCGGGGGAGUGUGUGAACAAGACGCCCAUCCCGGAGCACGUGGACGGAGACUGGAGCCUGUGGGGCAGCUGGAGCAUGUGCAGCCGCACGUGUGGCACGGGAGCCCGCUUCCGGCAGAGGAAAUGCGACAACCCUCCCCCAGGGCCUGGAGGCACGCACUGCCUGGGCGCCAGCGUGGAGCACGCAGUCUGUGAGAACUUGCCCUGCCCCAAGGGCCUGCCCAGCUUCCGUGACCAGCAGUGCCAGAUGCAUGACCGGCUGAGCAGCAAGAAGAAGGGCCUGCUGACAGCAGUGGUGGUUGAUGAUAAGCCGUGUGAACUCUACUGCUCGCCCCUCGGGAAGGAGUCCCCGCUGCUGGUGGCCGACAGGGUCCUGGACGGCACGCCUUGCGGGCCCUACGAGACCGACCUCUGUGUGCACGGCAGGUGCCAGAAAAUCGGCUGUGAUGGAAUCAUCGGGUCUGCGGCCAAAGAAGACCGGUGUGGGGUCUGCAGCGGGGACGGCAAGACCUGCCGCGUGGUGAAGGGUGACUUCAGCCACUCUCGGGGCACAGCUCUCAAAGACUCCAGCAAGAGAUCCAUCAACAGUGACUGGAAGAUAGAGCUCCCCGGAGAGUUCCAGAUUGCAGGCACGACCGUCCGCUAUGUUAGAAGGGGCCUGUGGGAGAAAAUUUCCGCCAAGGGACCAACCAAAAUGCCUCUGCAUUUGAUGGUGUUGUUAUUUCAUGACCAAAAUUAUGGAAUUCAUUACGAAUACACCAUUCCCGUAAACUACACUGCUGAAAAUCAGAGUGAACCAGAAAAACCGCAGGACUCCUUGUUCAUCUGGACCCACAGCAGCUGGGAAGGUUGCAGUGUGCAGUGCGGAGGAGGGGAACGCAGAACCAUCGUGUCCUGCACACGGAUUGUUAACAAGACCACGACUCUGGUGAACGACAGUGACUGCCCUCAAGCCAGCCGUCCGGAGCCCCAGAUCCGAAGAUGCAACUUGCACCCAUGCCAGUCACGGUGGGUGGCAGGCCCGUGGAGCCCCUGCUCAGCGACCUGUGAGAAGGGCAUCCAGCACCGGGAAGUGACCUGCAUGUACCAGCUGCAGAAUGGCACACAUGUCGCCACUCGGCCCCUCUACUGCCCAGUGCCCCGGCCAUCGGCAGUGCAGAGCUGCGAAGGCCAGGACUGCCUGUCCAUCUGGGAGGCGUCAGAGUGGUCACAGUGUUCUGCCAGCUGUGGUAAAGGGACAAAGAAACGAACUGUGACAUGCACCAACUCGCAAGGAAAAUGCGACGCAUCCACGAGGCCAAGAGCUGAGGAGCCCUGUGAGGACUACUCUGGCUGCUAUGAGUGGAGAACAGGGGGCUGGUCCAAGUGCUCGUCGACCUGUGGGAAGGGCCUGCAGUCCCGUGUGGUGCAGUGCAUGCACAAAGUCACUGGGCGCCAUGGCAAUGAGUGCCCUACCCUCUCCAAGCCAGCAGCCUACAAACAGUGCCACCAAGAAGUCUGCAAUGACAAGAUCAACGUGAACACCAUCACUUCCCCUCGCCUCGCUGCUCUUACCUACAAAUGCACACGGGACCAGUGGACAGUGUAUUGCAGGGUCAUCCGAGAAAAGAACCUCUGCCAGGACAUGCGGUGGUACCAGCGCUGCUGCCAGACAUGCAGGGACUUCUAUGCGAACAAGAUGCGCCAGCCACUGCCGCCACCAAGUUCAUGACAGGCGGCCAGUGGUCCCACGAUGCUCCGACAUGAGGUCUGA